UUUCUGAAAGAGAAGAAGCAUUGGAAACAUCGUUGACCUCGAAGAGCGGAGCAAAUGGAGCUGAACCUCCCAGAAAGACGGAACAGCUCAAUUCGCUGCAUUGUGAAACUGGGCGGUGCGGCCGUUACUUGCAAGAAUGAGCUGGAGAAGAUUCAUGAUGAGAACCUCUCGAUCACGGCGUGCCAAUUAAGGCAGGCUAGGAUGGUGGGUUCAGGCUCAAGCAAAGUUAUUGGAAUGGAUUGGAGCAAGAGACCUGGAGGUUCUGAGAUUUUUUGUGAUGUGGAUGAGAUUGGCGAUGAGGAGACUGCUGAGUUUGGAAAAUUCGUUGUAGUUCAUGGCGCAGGUUCUUUUGGGCACUUUCAGGCUAGCAAAUCUGGAGUUCACAAAGGCGGUAUUGAGAAACCUGUUGUAAAAGCCGGGUUUGUCGCUACACGCAUAUCUGUCACAACCCUUAAUCUUGAAAUUGUCCGAGCACUUGCCAGAGAGGGAAUCCCAUCCGUUGGAAUAUCUCCAUUUUCGUGUGGAUGGUCAACCUCUAAAAGAGACGUUGCUUCAGCUGAUCUCUCAACCAUAGCUAAGACCAUUGACUCGGGAUUUGUGCCUGUUAUGCAUGGAGAUGCGGUUCUAGACAAUACGCUGGGCUGUACCAUUUUGAGCGGAGACGUUAUCAUCCGUCACCUUGCAGAACAUUUGAAGCCUGAAUACGUUGUUUUCCUCACAGAUGUGUUAGGUGUUUAUGACCGACCACCUUCAGAGACUGGUGCUGUGCUUCUGAGGGAGAUUGCUGUCGGAGAAGAUGGAAGCUGGAAAGUUGUAAACCCCGAGGUUGAGCACGCGGACAAGAAAGUUGAAAUAUCUGUUGCGGCUCACGACACGACCGGGGGAAUGGUAACAAAGAUAUCGGAGGCUGCGAUGAUUGCGAAGCUCGGAAUCGAUGUAUACAUUGUGAAGGCGGCUACAAGGCAUUCACAGAGAGCAUUGAACGGAGAUUUGCGAGGCAGUGGUCCUCCGGACGACUGGCUUGGCACCUUCAUUAGAUUCUCAAACUAAAGACUUAACUCUACUAUCCAAUUCCAGUAUACUCAACCAAAUUUAUCAAUGUUUCGUAUUAUUAUUAUUUUUUUUACAUUGAUCCAAUUAUGAUUUGAAUUA